CCCGUCCUAGAACCCUGGCGCGGGUGAGGCUCCCCCUGCCCAAGCGAGGAAGGCGGGGCGGGAUCCCAACCCGGGUCACCCCGGGCCCCCGGCGCCCAUGAACAACCAGGCGCGGGCCCAAGCCCCCUCCCUGGCCCGGACCUCCGUGUCGGUCCGGGCUUCGACUCCGGUCAGGACCUCGAUCCCAGUUCGGAACUUGACUCCCGUCGGGACCUUGACCCUGUCUCAGACCCCAACUCCCGUCCGGGCCUCGACUCCGUCUCGGACUCCGACUCCGGUCCGGGCCUCGACCCCGGUCCGGCCCGCGACUCCGGUCGGGACCUCGACCCCGGUCCGGCCCCCGACUCCGGUUCGGGCCUCGACCCCCAGCCGGACCCCGACUCCGGUCUGGCCCCCGACCCUGGUCCGGAUCCCAACCCCAACCCCAACCUCAUCCUCGGUCGCUGCCGCGAACUCCGCCCUACCUGUGGAUCCGCCCCCAGAACCUGCUCCAGGGCCCACUUUGUCACCCGAUAAAGACCCUGCGCCCACAACGCCGAGUGUGAAGCAUGUCCCAUCAGUCGCCAAUGGGUUCGGGCCCACCCAGGAGCCCCUUCCUGCUCCCCCUCCAUCGGCCACUGAUUUGCUGGGGCCCACCCCGAGCGCAGACCCAUCCACCACCAAGUGGACAGAUCCCAAUUCUGGACCUAUCGUGCCCAUCCUGGGGACCCUCCCGACGGCCACACCGAUUCCUACCAACACCUUCGCCUCCACCAGUGAGAACUUCCAAGUGGACAACAAGAUCACGAUUCGAGUGAUCUACUGCGGCCUCUGAAGCUAUGGCCUUCGGUACAUUCUGCUGAGAAAGAGUCUGGACCAGCAAUUCCCAAACCGUCUAGUCUUUGAGGAGGACGUAGGCGCCCAGGCUUCGGGGGAGUUUGAAGUGUUUGUCGAAGGGAAACUGGUCCAUUCGAAGAAGAAAGGCGAUGGCUUUGUGGAUGAGGCCAGGCUGCGGAAAAUCGUGAGCGCUAUCAAUGAGGAGAUCAAGAGAAGGUAGCAGGCACCUGGUAGGCCGGAGGAGCCUCGGUGAGAUGACGAGAAGGGCUGAAAUGUUGCCAAGUCAGGUCCUUUUCUGAUGGCGGCUGGGGCUGAGGUGGGUUCCGGGAGGGGCCAAGAGGGAAAUACAUACAGAGUCUGCCUCCCUGA